UUCUGUUUUUAUUUUUAGGGGAAUUAGUUUUUCUAGAGGUUUUGAUGAACAUGUAAAAACAAUGAUAAUAUUAAAAACGAUGCCAAAGUGAGUCUGAAACGAAUAGAAUGUCACAAAAACAACGUGACUCGAAAGAUUCUGGAAUGAGAUGCAAAAUGAAUACCUCGCCAAAAGCCUGUCUUGCCAUGCGACGAUUCUGUGUGAAUUCACAGAUGAAAAGCUUUUGCUUCCUGAUGCAAAUUAUGUGUGUUGUGAUUUCAUUCCGACCAUCGCAUUCUCAAGAAUUUUUUCCGAUUGACUUUACUAAUUGCGAUUUCAACACCGAACCUACUCGACCCGACUUUGUCCUUCCAAGAAGCGGAGACAAUGGAUUCAGUGUAAAAAUCGAAGGGAUGCCGGAAUACUAUGAAAGCGAAAAAAGUUACACAGUUACCAUAAGUAGCACUCACCCAGCAACGUUUCGAGGAUUUGCAUUGGCGGCAGUACAUGCAAACAACUACUCUUUGCCGGCAGGAAAUUUCAAGCUUUUGAACCCAUCGUCAACGAAGAAGCAUCCGUCCUGCAGUAAUAUUGUGACACAAACAACGUUGGGGAAGAAAGCAUCUGUUCAAUUUGUUUGGGAUUCUCCUGCACCUGGAUUCGGAUGCGUACAAUUUAAAGCUGUUAUAAUACAGAAAGGUAAAAUUUGGUACCGCAACGAAGACAAGUUAACCCAGACGCUAUGCGAGACGAUCGAUUCAAGUUCAGCAAGGGUAGCUCACAUCUGUUGUUCCUGUGGAUCUGCCCAAUACAGAAUGACUUUCUAUGGUCUAUGGUCUCCUCAAACUCAUCCAAAGGAUUAUCCAGGUUACUCAACCCAUUGGUCCAACGUCAUCGGAGCAUCACAUAAUGAUCGGUACACUAUUUGGGAUUAUGGUCAAUACGCUACCGAUGGAGUCAAAAAAGUAGCAGAAUGGGGUUGGCCGAAUGCUGUUGAAAAUGAAAUAAGAGCUCAAGGUGACAGUGUUAUCUCAGUUAUAAAGACGAGAGCUCAGUGGCCGGCAUUUCAACCGAGGAAUAUACGUGAACCACCAUCCGCGAUGUUUGACGUAGAUGCUAGUCGUCACUUGGUGUCUCUGCUGACCAUGUUGGGUCCAAGUCCAGACUGGAACGUUGGUAUCACAAAAGAGAGCAUGUGUACUUCACAAUGUGGCUGGAUAAAUACAAAAUCUUAUGAUUUAACUCCAUGGGAUGCUGGUACUGACAGUGGAGUAUCCUACCUGUCACCGAACUCUCCUACGAAUCCUCAAGAUCGGAUCCGAGCUCUCACAAGUUCAGAUGACACAGAAUCUCCGUUUUACGAUCCUUUAGGACGACCCAUUGAACCUGUAGCAAGAGUAGUAUUAGAGCGGAUUAGCAUAUCCGGAGAUCAAUGUGGGCCUAGUCCGGUAUCGAACUCUGCACCGCGUUCCACCGGAAUUGAUAUAUUAUCGUCACCAUCAGUAAUUGAGCCUCCGUUGACUUCGUGCUUGUACGGUGAAUGGUCCGAAUGGAGUCAAUGCGGAGUUACAUGUGGAUGGGGAAUUAAAAUGAGAACGAAGUCUUUAAUAAACAAACUGUUACCAUCUGCAUCAUGCAAACCAUCUAUAACUGAAAAAGAAAUUUGCAAAGGAGCAGCGUUUUGUGAUAAUGAAGAUGAUUCAACUGUGUGUCUAUAUUCAGAGUGGACUAAAUGGUCUGACUGUACCGCUCCUUGUGGCUCCGAUGCAUUGAGAUUUCGAACAAGGGAGCUCCAGUGGCCUUCAGAACCGAAGAACUGUCACGAGCCCCUGAAAGAAAUGAGAUUUGAUUGCAAUACUGAGCCAUGUGAGUUAGAUGUUUGUGAGUACGGUACUUGGUCGGACUGGAUGCCAUGCUCAACUCAGUGUGGAAUUGGACAAACAUUGCGGAAGAAAUUUUCAAUACAAUCUACUGAAAAAUGCGAAUCCCCAGUAAUGGAAAUCAGUAAGUGCAUGGCCUCCACUGACUGCGCAGCACCAGUUGGGUUUGAUGUGCCUUCCGGAUGCUCAUACUCUCCGUGGACCGGUUGGAUGCCGUGUCCUGUCACAUGUGGUGUUGGAGAGACUUUCAGAAAACGAGUGUUAGAUUUUUCUACCCCAGAUAUUCACUGCGAUGAAUUUCAAAUGGAAAGAACCAAAUGCAUGACUUCGGAGUCAUGCCCAGAAAUUGAAAGGUUGGACAAUUUUGGAACACAACAUUGCGAGUACUCAGAAUGGUCAGAAUGGAUGCCAUGUUCCGCCUCGUGUGACGUGGGAAACACUCUUCGGAAAAGAUUCUUGAAAAAAACUAAUACUGUGGCGAAUUGUGAAGAACUCCAUAUGGAGACAGUACAAUGUUACAUGCCACCAUGCAGUGUAAUGAUUCCAAAAGAAGACUCACUGCCACAUGCAACACAGAAAAGCUGUAUUUACGGGGAGUGGACGGCAUGGAUGCCAUGUUCCGUGACGUGUGGAAGAGGAGAAACUUUACGCAAACGCUUUCUCAAAAAAUCUCUCGAUAUUUCUCAAACUUGUGAUGGAUUUGAAAUGGAAACAAACAGAUGUACUGUACCAGGGAGCUGUGAAGUAGUAGUACCUAAACAUGAGGAUGUUGUGACGGACUGGUCUUCAUGUUCUGUUACCUGUGGAUUUGGUGAAAAAUCUAGAACAGUAAUAAAAGAAAAUUGCGACUCAGAAGAUUGCAAAGUUGUGGAAAUAGAGGAAUGUUUUGUGGAUGCAAGAUGCCCCGUUGAUUGUCAACUUAGUGAUUGGAGUGAGUGGUCUCCUUGUCAAGGAUGCGAACCGAAAUCUGCUAGACAUCACCGAAAGGUCGCAACAUCUACUAAAUCAUUUCAAGUGAGGAAAAGAGAGAGGUUGAUUAAACCAAAACUGGGUGGAGCCAAAUGUGGAAGGCGAAAAGAGCGUAGAAAAUGCGUGUGCCCUUCUUGAGAACACAACGACAAUGUCUCUACUGAAGUAGGCUCAAGCGUGGAAUACAAAGCUACAGAAUAGUUCUAUGUGAGACGGUUCAAUCUAUUUGGAAACAGAAAUACCAAUUGCUGUAAUAAUAACUCAUGUAUUAUGUGCCUUAGCCUCGAAUAUUAAAAAUAUCUGCAAGAAGCUAAUAUCACUUUGGACAUUAUCAUUUUUUUCAUAUCAUACUGUUUCAUGCUGGUUGAACACGACUAUGUUCGACAUGUUUUAAUAAGCACCCGUUUUCAUUUGAUUUAAAUAAAUAACAAGUUAUUUCUUCUAUGAAGAAAAAAUUAAACCGUCCUACAAAACAUUGAGUGUUUUUAAACUAAUUCUUUAUUAUAGAUUAUAUCCUCACAAAAUCCAAUUUUUAUUAAAUGCAUUUGCAAGUAAUUUCGAAGUGAAAUAAUUUUAAUUACCGUAUAUUACUUCAGACGGUUGAAUAUGCGGUAUAUUGUCUGAACGUAUGUGUUGACAUGGAGAUUAAAUUUUAAGACGUAGAGCUGUAAGAAAUGAACGUAUGCGAAUGAAAUGAACUGUUUGAGAAUGAGCAUAUUUGAAAGUAUACAUAUAUGCAUUUUAAGAAGGUAUCACAAAGAAGCGUGAAACGAAAAUGAAACUGUUUGAAAGACUGCAUUACGAAUGGCAUGAAUGAAAAUACUGUAAAUCUAAGUGUGACAACAAUUUUGUAACAGCAUUGAAUUCUGAGAAUUGUACUUUAUAAUUUCAAUGCAGUAUUUUGCUUUAAUACAUUUAUUUGCACAAUAAUUCUUGUCGAUAAAAUAAAGAAUUACCAAUAACGUG